AUGGAGCCCGGCGGGGACCACCGGAGCCGGAGCGGCGGCGGCGGCGGCGGCAGGGGCGGCCCCGGGCCCGCAGUGGCCUCGGCACGGGGCCGACGGCUGCCGCCCGCAUCAGCUAACGGCGGCGCGGAGCCCGAGGAGGACGACGGCGGACAAGCUCUUCAGCUGGAAGGGGGUGCCUUGGGGUCCUGGGGAAGUACCCCCCUCCCCUCCCCCAGGGCCAGGGGACCAGCGUCUUCAGGCAGGAAAUACUCAGACCAUUGUGAGGCUCGGGCCUCAAGGCCCGGGAAGAGUCGAAUCCCGGGCCGGGACCACCGGCGCUACUACCACGACCACUGGCGGCUGGAGUACCUGAUGGACUUCAUCCCGUCGCGGCACGGCAUGGUGUGCAUGGUGUGCGGCAGCUCCCUGGCCACCCUCAAGCUCAGCACCAUCAAGAGGCACAUCCGCCAGAAGCACCCCUACUCUCUCCACUGGACUCCCCGGGAGAAAGAAGCCAUCAGCAACAGCUGGGCUGCCCAUCUCGGGCUGGGGGCCUGUGGUGAGGCUGAGAGCCUAGGGGCCCCGGGGGCUGAGGAGGAGGAGGAAGAAGAUGAAGAGGAGGAGGAGGGGGCCAACCUUCAGGCUUGCCCGCCCAAGGGCUCAGGCAAAGCCCCAGCUGGUGGGGGCUGCCGGCGCCAGCGGCGAGGGGUCCGAGGGGGCCCAGUGGCACCUCGCCGCCGCCGCCUCCUCGCAGCCUCCCGAAGGGCUGGGGGCAGCAGGGGGCUGGGGGCCCGGCGCCUGGAGCGGAGGCUGAAGGAGUCCCUGCAGAACUGGUUCCGGGCCGAGUGCCUCAUGGACUACGACCCACGGGGGAAUCGUCUGGUGUGCAUGGCCUGCGGCCGGGCACUGCCCAGCCUGCACUUGGACGACAUCCGUGCUCACGUGCUGGAGGUGCACCCCAGCUCCCUAGGGCUCAGUGGCCCCCAGCGCAGUGCCCUGCUGCAGGCCUGGGGUGACCAGCCUGAAGCUCUGUCCGAGCUCACCCAGCCCUCACCAGACGAUGACCUCGUCCCCCAGGACCUGACCAGAAAGAGCCGGGACUCCGCCCCCGCUGCUGGAGCCCCCUCCUCUCAGGAUCUCAGCCCCCCAGACGUAAAGGAAGAGGCUGGCUGGGCGCCUGAGAGGCCCGGGCCGGCAGAGCAGGAGGAGGAGGGCGAGGGCGAGGGCGAGAGGGCGGGCAUCCCGGGCCGGCCGAGGAGGGGCCGAGACCAUCGCCGCCACUACCAGGAGCGCUGGCGGCUGGAGUACCUCAUGGAGCUGGACGGCUGCCGGCGCGGCCUGGUGUGCAUGGUGUGCGGGGGCGCACUGGCCUCGCUCAAGAUGAGCACCAUCAAGCGACACAUCCGCCAGCGCCACCCGGGCUCCAACAGCCUCAGCGGGCCAGUCAAGGCCCUCAUCGCCCAGGAGUGGAGCGAGAAGGCCGCCCACCUGCUGGCCCUGGGGCUGCCCAGCCCGGAGUCCCCCAGCGGCCCUGUCGCCCCCAGCACAGCCUCAGCCUCUGAGGAGGGGGGAGGGGCAGAGGAGGCGGAGCCAGAGGAGGAGUGGUGGGGCGACGCGCCGCAGUCCCCUGGAGCAUCUUCGGAGCGGCCCGCCGAGGAAGAGGAGGAUGAAGAUGAUGGCCAGGAGCCCGGGGGGCUGGCCUUCCCGCCGCUGCCACUGCCGCCGCCGCCACCUCCCCCACCGCCGCCGCCACGCAGCCGGGAGCAGCGGCGCAACUAUCAGCCGCGCUGGCGGGGCGAGUACUUGAUGGACUACGACGGCAGCCGGCGCGGCCUGGUGUGCAUGGUGUGUGGGGGCGCGCUGGCCACGCUCAAGGUGAGCACCAUCAAGCGACACAUUCUGCAGGUGCACCCCUUCUCCAUGGACUUCACCCCGGAGGAGCGCCAGACCAUCCUGGAGGCCUACGAGGAGGCGGCACUGCGUUGCUACGGCCACGAGGGCUUCGGGCCACCCGCCCCGGCAGCGCGGGACGGCGGCGCGGACCUUAAACCCGGCGCAGUGUGUCGGGCAUAGCACUCGCCCUGCGCUGGCCUGGCCCUUGGGCUGAGAGACCCUGAUGUCAGGCACUGGUCCCCUUAACCCCCCGCUGGCCGGGCUGGGCCAGGGUUGGGGCUGGGGUGGCGCGACACUGCUGUCCCAGCUAGUCCGUGCAUCUCCAGAGCUCACUCGCACCAAGCCCUGGCGCUCUUAGUGCGGUGCUUCAAGCUUCCCGAAAAGCCAAAGCGCCUCUUCACUGUUCACAGCGAAUGCUCCCGGCCGCGCCCCAGGGCUCAGUGCUGCCAGGCCGGGGUGGGGGUGCUGACAGUAUUAGGGCUGAAGGUGGGGAGCAGGGAAGUCAGGAAGGACGCGCUGGCCUU